GUACUCUUUCUUUUGCGCGCUCCCUCUCAGCAACAUGACUGCAGAUACUUAUGGACUCUUUUAUUUAAAGAGAAGCGGCGGAAACAAUGGCACGAACACCGUGGCCCUCAACAAUGCGGCAGAUAUCUCCGUUGUUGUGAUAUACUUUUUUGUGGUGUUAGCUGUUGGAGUAUGGGCUAUGAUCCGCACCAACCGAUCCACUGUGGGUGGCUUCUUCCUCGCAGGGAGGAGUAUGGUGUGGUGGCCGAUCGGUGCAUCGCUCUUUGCUAGCGACAUCGGCAGUGGCCACAUCGUAGGAAUCGCUGGAACUGCUGCAGCCACAGGAAUAGCUAUUGGUGCAUUUGAAUGGAACGCUCUUAUUGUAGUCAUCUUUCUGGGAUGGCUCUUUGUGCCCAUCUACAUUAAAGCUGGGGUGGUCACCAUGCCAGAGUACCUGAAGAAGAGGUUUGGAGGACAACGCAUUCGCAUCUAUCUCUCUGUGCUCUCCCUCUUCCUGUAUGUUUUCACCAAGAUUUCAGCAGACAUGCUUUCCGGUGCCAUUUUCAUCAACCAGGCUCUUGGGUUGAACAUCUACCUUGCUGUUAUCUUGCUGCUUUUGAUUACUGCACUGUACACCGUCACAGGUGGUUUGGCUGCAGUCAUCUAUACAGACACUUUACAGACCAUCAUCAUGGUCGUUGGAUCGUUUAUUCUCAUGGGCUUUGCUUUCAAUGAGGUGGGUGGCUUUGUAAACUUCCAGGCCCUCUACAUGACAGCCGUCCCCUCUGUCACGGGUAACUUCAGCGCCAACUGCUACGAACCUCGGUCAGACGCCUUUAAUCUAUUUAGGGACCCAAUUACAGGAGAUCUGCCAUGGCCUGGCCUGGUCUUUGGACUCACCAUUCAGGCCACCUGGUACUGGUGCACUGAUCAGGUGAUUGUGCAGCGUUGUCUCUCCGCCAAGAACCUGUCUCACGUAAAAGCUGGUUGUAUCCUGUGUGGCUACCUGAAACUUCUGCCGAUGUUCCUCAUGGUUUUCCCUGGCAUGAUCAGCAGGAUCCUCUAUCCUGAUGUGGUGGCAUGUGUGGACCCAGACUUGUGUCAAGAGUACUGUGGUGCCAGCGUGGGCUGCACCAACAUCGCUUAUCCUAAACUGGUGUUGGAACUCAUGCCGAAUGGUUUGCGAGGUCUCAUGCUUGCGGUGAUGUUGGCCUCUCUGAUGAGCUCCCUCACCUCCAUCUUCAACAGUGCCAGUACUCUCUUCACCAUGGACAUCUAUACUAAGUUCCGCCGCCACGCCAGUGAGAAGGAACUCAUGAUUGCUGGCAGGGUAUUUAUUUUGAUCCUGAUUGGCGUGAGCAUUGCGUGGAUCCCUAUGGUGCAGUCAGCCCAGAGUGGUCAGCUCUUUAACUACAUCCAGUCCAUCACCAGCUACCUCACUCCACCCGUUGCAGCUGUCUUCAUGCUUGCCAUCUUUUGCAAACGCGUCAAUGAGGCUGGCGCAUUUUAUGGUCUCCUCACUGGACUGUGCAUUGGACUGUGCAGGAUGAUUCCUGAGUUCGUUUAUGGGACAGGCAGCUGUGUUAGCCCCAGCAACUGUCCCACUAUCAUAUGUGGAGUUCACUACCUCUACUUCUCCAUCAUCCUGUUUGUCAUCUCCUGCCUCGUCAUACUGGCAGUCUCCGUCGUGACCAAACCCAUUGACGACAAACACUUGUAUCGACUGUGCUGGGGCCUGAGAAACCGUACGGAGGAGAGGGUGGACCUGGAACAAGAUGACUGGGUUGAUGACCAAGAUUCCAGUACGGACAUAGAUGAACCUGAGGAAGAACCUGGCUUCUUCAAGAAGGCACUGAUGUGCUUCUGCGGACUGGAGAAUAAAAAAGCAGUCAAGCUGACUCCAGAAGAAAAAGAAGAGCUGCAGAAGAAGCUCACAGACACCACGGAGGUGCCUCUUUGGAGGAAUGUUGUCAAUGCCAACGGCUUCAUCCUCUUGUGUGUGGCCAUUUUCUGUCAUGGAUAUUUCGCUUAGAAAAAUUCUGCACUUCAACAGCUCUAAGAUGCUGUUAUUUAUAUGUCAGUGACAGGAUUAUUUAUAAAUAUAAUUUGUGGACAAAGAAAACUAGCUAGUAGCCAUCACCACCCUAAAACAAGAUGCCUUUCUACUCCAUAUCAUUACUACACAUGUAUUUUGUGUAUGGUUGCAUCAAGUCAUGCAGGACAGAGGAUAGAUUUGCAUUUGCCUCUUCUGUGAAACUUCAUGGUCCCUGGAUAACUGAGGUAAACCAGUAAAACACAGUUUAACAUAUUAACACAUAUUCCAUGAAAUCGUGUUAAAAUAGUGUUCUGUUUGUUACCCAUUGUUCUGACUCACAUUGUGCAUGUAGAUAUUGGGAUAACUGUACGUUUUCUUGUUUUUUUUCUUUCUUUGCAGCCUUUUUUUGUGACUACAGACAUAUUCAGGUCGGUUAUGUAAAUAGGUACAACUCGCGAAUGGAGCGGCAGGCUCACUCAUGCGUGUCUUUAUCUGAGAAGAGCACACUCAUUCAGUUUAUGAUGGUGGAAAUUUAUUAUUUAAUUGGUGUUCCCUGUUCAGAAACACUCGAAAACAUUUCAGUGUUGAAUUCAUUCCAGCCGCGGCAAUCGAUCUCCUCUUACUUUGGCAAAUUUAAAUACGCCUUUGUUGGCUCACGAGUUCACACAUGAGUGCUUUAAUUUAGGAUCUUGCCUUGAGUCAUUAAGAAAGGUGUGAUCCACAGAAUGCCAGAUAAUGACAGAUUUUAAAAUCAUUACUAAUUACCUAAUUACUCAGUGUGCUACCUCAUAUUUGUAUUUAAGCUAUUUCCUCGAAAUGUUUGCUCGAAGUGCACAAGGGCUGUCACUUUUCAAAGCUAUGCACCUUACUGCAUGUUGUUUUACGUGUUAAUGAAUAAAAACAUCUCAGGGAAGAAGGACUGUGAAUUACUCAAAGUGCUGUCUGGCUCUGUGCCUCCGGUGGUGCUGAUGUUGUUUUUGUUAAUAAUGUAAAAGGAUAGUUUCCUGCUUUAUCACACUUUAAUGUACUGGUAGAAUCUGCCAUGACUUAAGUUUACUUCUUAAUCUGUGUGUACUUGUUGAAUAAACGUUGAAUAACAACA